ACAAAUAUUAUUCAUAGUUAUCCGAUGCUGCACCUUCCGUGUUUUUUCUUAUCCCUUCUCUGUUUUCAUAUCAAUUAGGCUUGCUACUGGAUAAACUAUUUUACUUGAAAAUCUGUUCAAUGUUAAAGCAUGCAAAGAUUUACUGUUAGGGUAGCUGAAUUGAGUCCUAUCACUAUUCUGAGAUGUAUUGAUUGAUAUUUCUUCUUAUACUGGACUCAGAUGCGGAUCAAGGCCAGGUUGCAGAUGGAAUCCUUCAUGAUGUUGAUUUAAGUGAGCCAACUAUGGGAGAGAAACUUGCUGCUCUCAGUUUGCCAGAUAAGAACAAAUUCAGGAGGGAUAAAGAGCAAGAUUCUUCUGACCCAACUAAGCCUCCAAGUGCAGACUCUGUACAUGUUUUGCUUGGGCAAGCAUUAAAUGCUGAUGGUCGCACCCUUCUGCUAGAUUGCUUGUAUACGCAGGAUGAGAAGGUUAUUACAAAGUCAAUUGCACAGUUGAACCCAUCAAACGUCCUCAAAUUCCUACACCCUCUCAUAUCCAUUAAUGAGUCUAGGGGUGCAAUUUUGGCAUGUACUCUUCCAUGGCUAAGUGUCUUGUUCUACAGCAUGCAAGUGCGAUAAUGUCCCAGGAAUCUUCAUUACAUGUUUUGAACUCAUUGUAUCAGCUGAUUGAAUCUAGAGUUUGGACUUUUGAAUCUGCCGUUCAUUUGUCAAGUUGCGUAGACAUUCAUUACACAGGGGUUGCUGAUGAAGAAGUAGAUGAAGGUCAAACAGUGCCAGUUAUCUAUGAGGAUGACAGUUCAGAAGAAUCCGGGGAUUUGGAAACUGAUGAAGCAUUUGAAGUAUUCAGUGAUAUUGAAGAAAGUAACGAUAUGAUGAGCGAGUGAUCGUGUGCGCUUGUUCUUUUGUUCUUUUCAAUGUUGUCAUGACGAAGCACCGGGGUGAGAACAUUGGCUGCGGCACCUGUGAUUGGAUUUGCAAAAAAUGAUGUUUGUUUUCCAACCAUCAUUAAACCAAUGAGAUGUAUUGCUUCUUUUUAGAGUUUAAUUUUAAUAUAUGGAUAGUAUUAGAAA